ACAGAAGCUGACGUCUCCCAAGUGGAAUCGAUUCAAAGGCAUCAGGCUCCGAUGGAAAGACAAGAUCAGACUGAACAACGUCAUCUGGAGGUGCUGGCACAUGCAGUUUAUCCUGAAGCAGAAUACACUGGUGUGUCAAUUCGCCUCUCCCCUGGACGUAGAUACUCACAACAAGCCUGAAGCAGUAGUUUUAGAAGGAAAAUACUGGAAACGAAAAUUAGCGGCGGUAACUGCAGAGUACAAAAAAUGGCGUAUGUUCUAUCGGAACAAGAUUCUCGGAUGGACCAACAAAGAUGGAACAGACAUGUUGGAAUCGAUGGACAUGUUGGACUGGAGCAACGGUGGUAUGGGUUCAUCAGGGGGUUUUUCAUCGGGACUCAUGAAUUCCCACGGGAAUAUCGGUGGUCUACAGGGUCCUGAUAGUAUGAUGGUUGAUGAGGAUUACAUGGAACUCAUGACUGACACAUUAUUCUCAACAAUAAGCUCAAAUCAACCGAUAUAUUUUCCCGAUCCCCGUGAAAUCGCACGCGGUGCGAGUCUCGCCGAUUUCAUUCAGCCCUCGCUGGGUCCCCUCCAGCCGAAUCUGGACGACUUCAUGGACACCCUGGAGCCCCUCCAAGAGUUUCUCAAUUCAAAACUCCCCCCCGUCCCCGAGGAGGACGAUCUCUUUCGCUCUACCACCCUCAAUCCCACCUACUCCGAUCUCGACCUGAUGUCCUCGAUAAAUCAGGUCCCCAAUCUUCAAUCACCCCAGCCCCAAAAUCCCACCCAAUUGUCCCAGCCAUCCUCCACCAUUCCCCAGCCCCCUCCCACCCCACCCAACCCCCUCCAGAGCCUCCAGUAUCCCUCGAAGUACAUGCCAGCGCCACCUCAAUCAUCACAAAUCUACAGAGCCCCGUCAACAUCACCGGAGACCUAUCAGAACCAGCGGGAAAAAUCUCAGAGGCCUGGACGCUCACCCUCAAGGUCAAAUAGAAUUAUUCAGCAUCAGUCAGCCCCUGCCUUUUCCACGUACCAGACGAGUUACAAUCAUCUGGAUAUGGGGACUAUUCAGGGCAGUCAGAACACUCCUCAGAUGACCUUGAAUACUCUUCAGGACAGCAGUUUCAAUACUAGGGGCAUCAAGGGGAUGUCCACAACUACUUCGGGGAUGGGGGAAUGUUUCAAGGGAAUUGGCUCACAGGGGUUCAAGAUUGGACAGAGUGCGCAGGGGAGUCAGCCGUUCAAGUUCAGGGGUAAUAACUUGAAGAAUGUCGGACAGAAUGCCCCACAACAAGUGACCGUGACGGUCUCUUCGGCAUCUCCAGUGUCGUCUCAUAUUCUCCUUCAGUGCAAGCCAUCGGGCCUUGAUCUCACCGCUCCGGCCCUUCAUCCAACGAAACUCCUUCCCAAAUGCGGCGAAAAGGAGGAGAUUUUCGCUGUUCCGAAGUACCAGAUGAAGGUGAAGAGCAGGAGCAGAAGUUCCAGUGCUCUGAGUGGCCAACGAAAUCACCCACCACCUCUAGUAUCAGCUGUAUCUGAUCCUGCCAUCAAUGUCAGCAAUAAUGUCUUAUUGGCGCAAUUGUUGACGAACAAUUCCGCUGGACUGUACACAGUCAGCACUGGCCCGGAGAAGAUGGGGGGGUUGGGAGGGGGUCAGAGUGCUGGAGGCAAGGGGAUGAUGCAGAUGAUCCAGGGGAGCAGCGGUGGGGGACAACUAGGCAGUCCAGGAAGAGCACAAUUAAAUAGCCCGGGGGCAGUUCAGAGUCAGGGUAGUCCCAGUGGUAUGUUGUUAUCUGGUAGUCAGUCACAGGGUAGUCCAGGCUCACCAAAGGACAGCAGUGGGGUCCACAGUCCCCAGGCAUUGAGUUUAAGUCCUCUUCACAGUCCUAUGAGCCUGGGCAGCCCCCUGUCACCAGGAUCUAGGAUCUACGUCAAGGGUGAACGCGAGGGUGGGGGGUACAAGGAGCAGAGAAGGGUCGGGCACAUUCAUGCCGAGCAGAAGAGAAGGUACAACAUCAAGAAUGGCUUUGACAUGCUGCACAGUCUCAUUCCCCAGUUGAACCAGAAUCCUAACACUAAGUUGAGUAAGGCUGCUAUGCUGCAGAAGGGGGCAGACUAUAUUCGACAAUUGAGGGCUGAGAGAAAUCAGAUCAAGGAGGAAAUGGAGAAUUUGAGACAUCAGAUUGAGUGCCUUAACACUUCCAUAAGCAACUGUCAGUCAAUGUUACCAGCCACUGGUGCCCCAGUGUCGCGACAGCGCACCAACAAGAUGAAGGAGAUGUUCGAUGAGUACGUGAGGAAGCGCACUCGUGAAAACUGGAAAUUCUGGAUUUUCAGUAUUUUGCUGGAGCCCCUGAUGGUGUCGUUCAACACCUCGGUUUCCACUGCGAGUGUCGAGGACCUCUGCAGGAGUACAAUACUCUGGGUUGAGCAGCACUGCUCACUAGUUGAUCUCAGACCAGCUGUCUUGAACUCACUGAGGUACCUCUGCACUGCGACAGAGAUCCUCUCAGACCCUGGACGCCUUCCCGAGGAAGCACUGGCUGCUGUCAAUCACACUGAGCGACGCAAAUCAAUGCAGUGACACUACCAAAAUGAUGGACAUCUCGGUAGAGCAAGCACAAAGAUAACACAAGUUUUUUCAAUACCUAAAGUGCAAUUUUUGUCUCAUCUCAUUUUAAUAUUGUUUAGACUAAUUGUUAAUUACUCUCGGUUUUUUGCGAAUUCGAGGUUUUUCAUGGGUACAAAUGGAUUUUCGUCGAAAUGUGGAAAUUAAUAGGUUUUUAACAAUUUUAAUUCUUUAUUUUUUUGGAAUGAGAAAUAAAUUUUUUUAUUUUUUAUGUCAUUUUUCGAUUUCAAAAUGGUGGAAAUUCAAUUCUUUAGGGAAUUAAUUAAUUAAUUUAAAUUUAGGAGUUGAGUUUUUUACAAAAAAUUUUAAAAAUUGAAAAUUAGAAAUUUUCAUUUUAGUUCAGUGCUAAUUGUGUAGAAUUGAAACAUUAAAUUUUUUUUUUUUUAUCUCAGAAAUUGAAUUUCUCGUUUAAUUUUCGUUUCCAAGAUUUGGAAAAUUUAAUUAUUUGUUAAAUUCUAUCUCUCAAAAAUUGAGGAAUUCAAUUGUCGUUGAAUUUUCUUCUUUAAUUUUCUUUUUUGAAAACUUUUCAAGAAAAACCAAAAUUCCACAAUUUUGAUGAAAAACUCCAGCAUAACUAGAAAAAUCACUACUCCAUCAAAAACGUAAAAAAAAAAUCUAAAAAAUAUUUUUAUACGAAUCUGGCACCGUAAAACGAUAGAAAUGCCAAUGAACUCUAUUGUAUAAAAACCCAUUUUUGUUGAAUGAAAAAAAAAAUUGUUGACCUAUCCCAAGGAUUUACACGUUAGUACCAAGAAUGUAAAAAGAAGAAAUAAAGUUACUUAUAUUUGUUAUAAAAUAUAAUAAAAAACAAA